CAGAGAGCUGUCCAGCAGUCUGGCAGUCCAGCGUUCAUCAAGAGGAUGGAGGAGUCAAAGACUCUGAGUGUGUUUCUGCUGACCCUGCUGCUGUUAACUCAUGUGUUUACUGGAGUUGACACUCAGGAGUUGGAGGAGGAGGAGCAGCAGGAGGAAGAGCAGCAGGUGAUGGAGCCAUGGACAGGUUCAGCCAAUGGGAGAGCGUGCACGUGUGACUGCGAGACAACAUCAGUGGCUGGCAGGCCCACCCUACCCUCACCUCUUACCACCUCAGUCCCACCGACCCUCUACAGCCCGUACAUGGACUGCAUGCCAGAGUGCCCUUACCACAAGCCGCUGGGUUUUGAGUCUGGCGCUGUAUCUUCAGAGCAGAUCACCUGCGCUAAUCAGGAGCAGUAUGUGGGCUGGUUCUCUGCCUGGGUCCCUGGCAAGGCCCGGCUCAACAGCCAGGGUUACGGUUGUGCAUGGCUGUCUAAGUUCCAGGACAAUAUGCAGUGGCUGCAGAUUGACCUACAGGAGGUGCGGGUGGUCUCGGGGAUUCUCACACAAGGCCGAUGUGAUGCAGACGAAUGGAUGACCAAGUACAGCCUGCAGUAUCGCAGCUACGACAACCUCAACUGGAUCUACUACAAAGACCAGACAGGAAACAACAGGGUGUUCUAUGGGAACUCAGACCGCUCGUCCACAGUGCAGAACCUCCUGCGGCCGCCCAUCGUGGCGCGCUACAUCCGCAUGCUGCCCCUUGGCUGGCACACACGCAUCGCCAUCCGCAUGGAAGUGCUGACAUGCAUGAACAAAUGCACCUGAACGCAGCCGCUGCAGCCCAGCACCAGUGUUUUAGCACUGUUUUCACUUUAGGGUUUUAUUAGAGAAAAAACAGGACCAGUAACCACCAACAGGGCUGACAUUUAAUUCAGUGCAGAUGUAAAUCAGAUAAAUUAAAAACAGUCAUGAUAACAAGGCUGAAUGAAAAGUGGAUUAUUGGGUGUUGUGUAAAUGUAAGUGUAUUCAAAAAUAAUAAACUGAUGAAUAAUUGAA